ACCUCCGUCCAGCCCAGGCCCCAGUAUCGUGCUAACUCUGGAGCCGGGAAGACCCCUCCUGCUGACGUAGCAGUUGCAAAACUUUACCCGUCACCAUUUAUUUAUUAGAUUUUCCACCCGUACUUUGUGUAAUAUAUCAAUGACACUUGCAUGGCAACGCUGCAAGUAUUACCAUCGUUAUUGAUGUCGUAGAGCUGAGACGUGAUGAGUGACGUUAUAAAGUUGAGUGUUAUUUUCCAUUAUUGUGGGUACUGGUGUGGGUGAUCAGGCACUCGACGUCACACAUGGCGACGCGCUCUUGCAAGUAUAAACAAACGCCUUCGUCGAUUGGGUCUCGUCUGACUCAUUAUCAUCGCUAACUAGGAAAUAAUACGUGUGAUUACUGAAGAUGUACAAGGAAAGGGUACCACAACAUGUUCUUCACUAACGACAGACGGUUGUAGGUCCUCAGUGCCUGGUUGGUGGUCGUUCAGAUCGUGGGCAGUCCAGGGGGUGGUUCAGAGCCUCAGCGGUCCAGGACGUGGGCGCUCACCUGAUGACGGAGCAGCAUGAUGGACCGGGGCGGCCACAAAGAUGCCGCCCAUAUCCAUUCCCUCAUGAUAGAGUACCUGGAAUGGGCGGGAUUAGAAAACGUGUCCCACUUGCUGACGACGGAGUGCCACGCCCGGGGCCUGCCAGUCACCAGAGAUCCAGACAGUAGGAGCAGCAGCAGGGCCAGUAGGUUGGACACAGCGGACGUUGACCCCGCCGCCGACCUCUCAGACGAGCUGCUGGCCUACUACGACAGCGGUCAAGGCGCUAAGUUCUUUCAGGCAUGGCGAACGGCGAGGGAGAGAGGACGUCCACCCACCUCCCUGGAAGUCCUCACCCUCGAGUUCUACCUCCAUGUGUACUUCGCCACGCUGCCUCUCCGUCACGGCCACAAAGAGGAUCACCCGGCGGCCAUGGCAGUGUUUCGACGGUUCCUAGAGUUUUGUCCUUCAAAAGUGGGUACAGUACAAGACCUCCUGCCCUUCUAUGCCCUACCCUAUGUCCCCGACCCCACCCUCCACCCAGCCUUCAGGCCAGUCUUCCAGGGAUCGUGGGUUCAGGAGCUGCGGGGACAGCUGUGUGGGUUCAUAGGGCGUAGGGCCAUCACCUGUCGUCCUUCCAUCUUUUCCUACCUCCACCACCACCGUCACCACGCCUCCAGCGUCGGGCAGGCACUGGUGGCGCAGGAGUCGGCAGCGUCGGCGGUCAGGUCCCAGCGGAUACUACGCCGGCGUCUACAGCGACUGCAGGAGGACUAUCACAAGCUGAUAGGUGUGUCAUGGGAGCUGACGCAGGCGCUUGAGGCGGCGGUGAGAGGGGAGAGAGUAGACCUGGAGGGCACCUUAGCCGCCUGUACACACCGCUACCCCGAGCUCUUCACCCUCAGUCUUACAGCAGACACCACGGCGGGGCCGGCCACCAUCCUGCUGGAGUCGAUGCAGCGGUGUCGCCGUCGUCCUGGGGUGGCGGCGCCCAUCGCUGCCCUAGACUUCGAGCGUGUCAGGGUAGAUUUGGGCGCCGCCCCUGAGACUCAUGUCCUGCUGCUGCUCCAGGCCCUGAGACAUCGUGUGACACGGGUGACAACGGGCAGUGUGCGGCAGGCGGUGGUGACGGCCUACGUGCGUGGCGACGUGUUGGGGGUGCGUGGGUCGUGUAGGUCGUGGAGUCGUGUGGCCGGCGCCCUCACCAGCCCUCAGCCACAGAUGUUAGCUCAGACAGCUGCCAGGCUCAUCAAUGCCCUCACUGCCUUCAAUGCCGGCCGCACCUACCUGGCCAGUGAGGAGGUAUGCGGGGUGCUGCUCAGAGCCCUACGAGCAGAACAACCUGAUUCAGCCACAACAGACAUGGCUCUGGCAGCACUACAAAAGCUCUCCAUAAGGGGAGUGGUACAGGUGGCGUUGAUUGAAGGCGGUGCAGUAGAGUGGCUGGUGAGCACCCUGGCUGACUCCCGAGCCCUCACACACUACACUCAGGAGUAUGCUGCCGCCCUGCUCAUGAACCUCACUCUCCGCUCUGCUGGUCGUGCCCGCUGCCACCCUCUUGGGAAGACUCUCCUGCCAGCACUCGCCCAGCUCCUCACCACAGUGCCAAGCCAUGUGGUGCCUUAUGUGACGGGCGCUCUGUACAGUCUCCUCUCACACUCCAGCCUCCGUCAGGAAGCCUUUGAUAUGGGACUGGACUCUACACUAAAGCACCUGGCUCAGCAGAGUGGUGGCACAGAACAGCGGCGACAAUUGGAGUAUAUUGUGGAACAGAUCGGGCGUGACCCUCCCCUCUCACCUCCACCCUCACCUGACCCUGUGUUGGAUAUUGAGGAGGACCCUGAGUGGUUGGAAGAGGAGCUGGACAUUGAGGAUCCAGUGCGGGCACCACCUCACGCCCCGGCCGGCGAGGACCUGCUGGCCUGGCGCUACACACUUCACCCUGGUGAUAACACUCGACGCCUGUAUGACACAAGUGUGUUGGCAGGUGAGGCAGAGGAGGCAGACCGUCGACGGGAUGUGGCGCCUGUCAGGUCAGCACCAGUCGUGCCUUGGGAUCCUCGACCACAGACCAGUACUGCUCGACCCAACUCUGAUGGCUUUGUUAUAAGGCACCACCAUGCACAGACACGGCUACGAGAUCAGCUGUCACAGCAUGAGAAGCAACAGGCAGCAGGAGGACAGUGGGACUACCCUUCUGACUCUGAGGCUGCACGCAGCAGCAUGUACACCUCCCGCUCCAAUUUUUCAUGUAGGUCAUCAGAGGUGAACGACGGUGGUGGUGGUGACAAUGGAAAGGGCGAUGACAGUUACUGCGAAAUGUGGGAAGGCAGCAAGGAGGUGGAGGAGUGGGCUCUCUCUCUCCGAGUUGGAAGGUCUCCUCCUUUGCCACGUCGCCAAGACUCCCAAGAACAUCAGCUUUCCCCGCCUGAGGCGGAUGUCAGGGGGCGACUUAUUUCAGAAGGUGAGGAGAGCGUAGAUCUCAGGUCCUCUGCACUGUUAUCCCCGAGGACCCACACUGCCAGGACCACCACUACAGUUGACGCCUGCCCUGCUGAGGCCCUCGUCCCUUACUUCACCCGUCCACCACCCACUCAUGAGGAUCACCCACAAAAUUCUUCAGGAACAUCUGGGAUCAGUCAGACAUUCAUCAAGUAUCAAGAUGAUGAUGACGACGUCACCGUUAUGUCCACGAGGCCACACACUGGCCCACCUCUUUCUACAGUUGAGUACCCUUCGCUGCAUGACUCAACUUUCACACUGCGCACUAUGCAUGACAGAAUAACCGAGGAGGAAGAUGAGAGAGGUGCAAAUGCAGCAAGAAUUGCAAACCACUCUCAAGAGAUGUCUUCAGAUGAUGUGAGGGAAGGAGAGCCUCACUACAACAAGACGAUGGGGACCACAGACUCUCAGUAUAGCAAUACGAUGGGGACCUCUGCCUCUCAGGAGAAAGAGUCAUUGGAUAUAACCAAAGAGCCUACAGACCCCGAGAACAAGCCAAUGGAAGCUGAGCAAGAAGCCGCAUUAGAGAGACGGAGAGACGACAAUCGUGAAAAACCUGCCUAUAGGGAAGAAGUGGUCAAUAGUAGGGAGGAGGACGGUGUGGCCCUGACUCCAGCUACAGAGGCUGCUCCACCAUCACAAGCAGAAGAAAGAGUAGAAUCAGUGGUUCCUCCUGUGAGUGAGAGAGGUACUCAGCAUGUUGUCCGCAUGCCACCUUCAGAAGCACCAUCUGAAGCACUCAAAGAAGUACCACCAGAGGCUGCACAUAAAAGCACACAUGAAGAAGCACCAAAAAGAAUAUCAACAGAAGCACCAAAAAGAGUACUUAAAGGGGCACACAAGGAAGUACCUAGGAGAGCAACCAAGGAAGUGCCUAAAAAAGCACCCAAGGAAGCACAUAAAGAUGCACCUAAAGAAGCACCCAAGGAAGCAUCUGAAGAAAUACCCAAGGAAGUAACUAAGGAAGCAAUGUCACGUGCACUAGAAGUGGCGACUGUGGAAGUACUGGAGGUGAAGAUGCUCCCUCGGAGGAGUAGUGUGACCCCGCCUCGGUUGGUUCCUACUGACCCUCACAAAGGAUACGACUUAGUGGCAUCACAGCUCCUGCAACAGCUGGUGGGUGAGAGCAGAAACAUGACGGCUCCCACUACUGUCCCUGAGGCUGACCCUCUUCUCCGCUCUCUCCCGCCACCCAAAGCUUCUGAGUACAAGGUGGCAUUCAGCUCCCGUCCUCGCCUUGCCCGUACACCCCCAGGGUCUGCAGCCUCGAGCAGAGUGCCACAAAUCUCCUCUGGUGUCUCCCCCAAUAGUCCACGACACGUCCUGCCACCUAUCUCAAGAACCAACCUCACCUACACCCGCGCGGUUACCUGAAUCUCCCUCCUAUCCAUUUCUUCUAUUAAACUCCCUAUUUGUUAUUAAUAUUUCAGUAUUAAUAUUUUUUAGGGUAAUUUUUUCUGAGGGCUGUAAACCUAAUUACUCUUUCUGAUUCAACACUAGAAUAACUGGAAGUGUGCAAGGAAAGGCAUCAUGUUUGCCAUCAUCAGCCUUUGUGAACUGACAAAAUUCUCUCCCACAAUAGAUAUGCCAAUUGCUGUUUAAAGAUUUUCAACACAUACAUGUAUACAUACAUACAUACAUACAUACAUACAUACAUACAUACAUACAUACAUACAUACAUACAUACAUAUCUCAUCAGUCCA